CUUCUCGCGAUAUUUCCGCAGUGGGUGGUGGAGCCAGAGAUAUGGCAGCCGUCGUGCUGAGGUUCUGCCGUAAAGGACUGUCUCACAUUUUGAGGAAUGGAGCAGUCGCUACUUUCUCGCCAAAGACUUUGGGAGGGGUGAGACAGAAGUCCUCUGUACAGUAUGCAACGAGGCCAGAGCUCCCUAAGCUGGCCUACCGCAGGAUAAAGGGGAAGAGUCCAGGCGUGGUCUUCCUGCCUGGGUAUGGAUCCAACAUGAACGGCCAGAAAGCUGAGGCCCUGGAGGAGUUCUGCAGAUCGCUAGGACACUCAUACCUUAGGUUUGACUACACAGGCCAUGGGUUAUCAGAGGGAGUGUUCACUGAAGGGACCAUCGGCACCUGGAAGAAAGAUGUCCUCUUCGUGUUGGAUGAACUAGCAGAGGGUCCACAGAUCAUGGUGGGAUCCAGUAUGGGAGGCUGGCUCAUGCUGUUGGCAGCUAUCGCCAGGCCGGAGAAGACUGCAGCUCUGGUGGGCAUCUCCACGGCAGCAGACCACAUCGUCACAUCCUUCAAGUCAAUGUCUCUAGAGGUGCGUAAGGAGAUUGAAGUGAAGGGUGUGCUGACGGUGCCCACCAAGCACAGCGAGGAGGGCGCCUACACGUUCACCAUUGGCUUCCUGAAGGAGGCGGAGAACCACUGUGUCCUCCAGAGCCCCAUCCCCAUCACCUGCCCUGUGAGGCUCAUCCAUGGCCUGAAGGACGACGACGUGCCCUGGCACAUCUCCAUGCAGGUGGCCGAGCGCGUCCUCAGCCCCGACGUGGACAUCAUCCUCCGCCGCCACGGCCAGCACCGCAUGUCCGAGAAGGACGACAUCAGGCUCAUGGUCUACACCAUCGACGACCUCAUAGACAAGCUGACCACCCUCGUUUGAGUUGGUGGGGGGGAAAUGCACCCCAUUGGAGAGGCAGGAGCAGCCAUAUAUGAUCCCAGCUAUCCCACUCUCCCCUUACCCUACCUUCCAUUCUGCCCCUGGUCAGUUUGUCCUCAAUAUGCUGUUACAAAGCAAGAGAGAGAGACGAGGAUUAUCAAAAGUACAAACUGAUGGAACGAGGAACUCAUCUGUCAGAAACCUCAGCCAGGUCCCUGAUGCCUGCCUUGGGGAGGGAGUGUGUCUUUUACCAGUUUACGCAGUGUUGUUUUGGUAAACCUUUCUACGGGCCAUGCUGCGCUGCUAAUGCUGCCACUGUUUGUUUGACAGAACGUCCUGGUCCUUUUGCCAUACCCCAAUAGUUCUACUGUGCCUUUUUUACCAUGUCUCCCCGUUGGGCCAAUAAAGCCUCUGCACACCA